ACGAGCAGUUGUCAGGAAGGAAUAUAUGGGAUCCAGGACAAAGAAGGGAUAAAGAGCUGUUUAAGGUUUUUAUUUUACAUAUCAUGGAAUGUAUCACAUUGAGUAUAACCCGCAAGCCCGCUGUUAUCGACCGUGCUUCAUACACCAUACGAUACCCACCACAUAUCUUUCGUUGUGCUUAUAAUACCAUGUACCGCAAGUACCAAAGCUUGUGCCCUUAGUGAUAUGUGCUCGGAUCGGUUAUUUUUGUAGAAUCAUGGGCGCCAAGAAGGCAUGCUUCCUCUUUCUUCUUCCUACCGUCCCCUCGCCCUCUCAACAAACGCAGAACCAACCAUGACAUGCAGAAUUCGACUUGUCACAUUCGACGCAUACUUGACAUUGUUCAAACCAACCGGCUCUGUAUCCUUACAAUAUGCUGAAGAAGCUGUGAAACAUGGCGUUCAAGUGACAAAAGCGGCCAUAAGUCAAAAUUUCGGUGUGGAAUUCAACAAUCAGCUCCAACGCUACCCACUUUAUGGACACCAAGUGGGCAAGACAACACGCACCUGGUGGGAAGAGCUGAUCUAUGCAACGUAUAUUGGGGCAGGUGUCAGUAAACAAGUUUUGGAUCCGGUCUAUGACAAAGUGUUCGAUGCUCUGUUUAUUCGAUUUGCGACAGCCGAAGGCUAUACUGUAUUUCCAGAAGUACGCGAAACGUUGAUUCAGUUACGACAAAAAGGAUACAAAAUGGGUGUGUUGAGUAAUUCUGAUGAGACAGUAGUAUCCGUUCUAGAAGGAUUAGGGCUGGCGCAAUACUUUGAUUUCAUCUUACCAAGCUGUAUGGUCGGCUACGACAAGCCUGAUAAACGGAUGUAUGAAAAGGCGCUUCAAGAAGCUGGUGUACGGCCCGAAGAAGCGUUGCAUGUUGGUGACGAUCUUGAGACGUAAAUAAGAUCUAUUGGCCCAUGAUAAUUAUCUUUAAUAGCUAACAUUAUCCGUCACAUUUCUUCUAUUGUCGAUAGGGAUUACAAUGGUAUAUAUACGUGUAGCAGAAAAAAGGUUACAACAAAGGGAGAACGUUUUGCUAAUAUUGCCUGUUUAAUGUCACAAUAGGA